AUGAGUGAAGAGUGUAAAAUAUUUGCUGCAUAUUUUGGUACAAUUGAGGUUCGACGAAGUGCUACAAAAUCGCGCGUUAUCCUACGAAAUUAUCUUCAGCAAAGAGUAUCACAAUUUCAGAUAGAUGGUAAAAUUAAGGAUGUAUCUCAUACUCAUAAUUACAUUUUUGCUUUAGCACCUUCAGAUCAUCGUAUUUACACUCUUCGAAUAGAUUCAUUUUUCGUUUAUUCUCUCAAUUUGGAUAUGGUUCCGGAAAAUCCGAAAUUUGAAUAUCUUGUAAAUGUUAAUGUGGAAACUGAAUUAAUGCAUGAUAGAGUGGAUUUUAAUGAUCCUCGAAUACCAGAAAUGGCCCAUUGUGAUAUGCAACCGAAAGAGACAAUAAAAACAAAAGUUGAAGAUUUCCUCAUUUGUACCACAAGUCAUUCAUGUUACCUGGCAAGAAAUAGAGCUAGUGGUGAACCAUCAUUGUAUCGAAUUUUCACGGAUAACAAAACUGAUGAUUUUCAAGUAUUACAAUUUGGAUCCGAUGAGCCAAUUCUACAGCUUUCUGCUGGUAAUGAACAUGUGCUAAUUUUAACUGUAAGUGGUUUGGUUUAUAGUAUGGGCAUAGGAAGCCGAGGUGUGCUUGGCCAUGCUAAUUUAAGAUGUGAGCAUCAUCCAAAGCAAGUGGGAUGUUUGUCACCUUUAAGGGUGACACAAGUGGCAUGCGGUAAAUGGCAUAGUGCUGCAUUAACUGAAGAUGGUGAUGUAUACUUAUGGGGAUGGAAUAAUUUUGGACAGCUAGGUGAUUGCUGUGAAGUUGGAGAAAUUCUGGAUAUACCUACACCAUUGGAUAUUCUCGAAAUUAUAGUGCAAAUUUCUGCUUAUGGAAAUGCUACUUGGUUAAAACGAUCUGAUCACUGGGAACUCACAUUUGGCAGUACGAAAUUGUUUUGA